AUGGCUCCUGUUGACAAAUACGCAAUCUUCUUCCCCGAAGCCGAUGGCUACCUCUUCUGCGGACACCUGGGCAUGGGCUCCGAAGGAAACACCUCAAUCGUGCGCUCGAUCGUCGACAACCAGGACUAUGUCAGAAAGAAGACAAAGCCGACCUCAGCGUCGUCAAGCCAGAAGGGCGGCGUAUACAAUGCCGAAGUCAGCUUCUACCGUCCACAUCCACGGAUCCCAGCUCUCGUCCACUCCCAGGAUUUCCGAGUCCUUCCUCCGGAUCAUCCACGCGUCAACCAUUUCAAGUCUACGUCAAUGCUCUUCCAAUAUUGCAAUGGCGGAACCCUUGAGCGGUUUAUGAAUAUUCUCGGGCGUGAAAGGAUCCUGGCCCCCGAAGUUCUCUUUUGGCACCUGCUUGACAACGUCUUCGAAGUCAUUGAGCACCUCCACAAAGGCAGCAGCCCUGUCUCCCAUGGCGAUCUGCACGAAGGAAACAUCUACCUCCACUAUCCGACUCCAGACAGCAAGCUCCCAGAAUUCUUCGUUGGAGAUCUCGGCUAUGCGAGACCGGUCGAUCCGAGCGUUUGGGAGCUUGCAGGAAACCCGCCCACGCGUCAACUGAGAGACGUCAACAUCAUCAGGUCCGAAGAUGAACAGGCCCAGCGAGAAUACCGCAUCAUGAAAGAGGUCGGCGGCGUCGCUGCUCAGGGUCUGCCAGCGCAACCACCGCCAUCCCGUACCGAUCAGAUUGUAUCGAUGGUCGACGAUCUCAAGAACGUCCGCACCGCUUUGAAAACACUUCUCCAAGGCCAUGGUCAAAACCCGCAAAACAUGAAGUACGCUCCAUUUAGAGCCGGCAACGUGGUCAACGACAUCAUGAUGGCCAACCCGAAUGACUACAAUGCAUUCGUCGGAUUCCGUCAAGUGAUCAGGCAGCUUGCCCGGAGCGCCCGAGAGAACACGGGCGUCUUGCCAGAUUUCCAAUGGACUCGUCAAGACCGAUACAGAGACGAUUUCCCACCAGGAGUAUUCCGCCCACCCUUUCCAUGGACGACGUACAGUCAACACCACGCCGUCCAUGCCCAACUCAGAGGUCGGCUUACAAAAGUGUGGCAGUACACGCCUGUGCCAGAGAUACGGCUUUUCAAUAGCCGCCACGAGCUCCUGCACCUCUCGGCUGCCGUCCCAGGUCCCUGGAGAAUCGCUCGUGUCGCCCCAGGCACGCUCCAGGUGCUGGCCGUCGAGCUGUUGACCUUCGGCCUGCAUGUGCCGUCGGUCAAGGACAACUUGCCGCUCUCGUCCAGCGGUCGUCCGAUGAACCAGGACGACGUCCUCAUGGCAGACCAGCUGGUUGCCACUGAGGUUGAUCGCAUUGGCAUGCCAAACAUCACCGCCGCUGCCGUGGGCAGUGUCUCCGGACACAGCCACCACCCGUUCUUCAACGUGGACCGGGCGUGGAGCCAGGAGAGGCUCUCGAAGCAGGGUCAGUUGACGCUGCGCGCAACGGCACUUGUGCCACCGCCGCAGCCGUCGCCGCCCGCUCCGCAGACGCCUCUCCCAGCUCCAGCGGCUGGUCCGUCGACGCCACGUCGACCGUCACCAACGUUGUCAGAGGAGGCACAGGCCCUGGAAGACGCCUUCGCGGAGGCACAGACCCCGCCAGAGACGAAGCAAGCCCCAGAGGCUUUGCAACGGGAUCCUCCAGCGGCUCAGCAGCAGCAGCAGCAGCAGCAGCAGACGCCUCCGUCCCCAUCUCCGCCUGCACCACAAACUCCUCCGGCCCAGCAACAGGCCUCUCCCUCCCGUCCUUCUUAUUCUCCUCUGACACCAUCACCACCACCUCCGCCAGCACCAAAAACUCCUCUGGCUCACAAACAGGCCUCACCUCCUCGCCCUUCCUUUUCUCCCUUGACGCCACCUCCACCAUCACCACCACCGCCUCGUCCAGCAGCACAACCAGCUGCAGCAGCGCCAGUGAGCGCUCCCGCUCCCGCCCCAGCCAACCGGGUGGUCAAGAACACGACCAAGGGAGGGAGAAAAGGGGCCAUAGGCCAAGCCAAAGGUGUUACGGCGACAGACCCGCCGGCUGCAAGAAGCCAUCCUGCCGCCAGAAGACCGCGUGCCCCGCCACCGCCAAGCAGGGUCACGACCAGAAGCAUGGCGCGACAACAGGCCCUGGCCAGCAUCAUCUGGACCAGAGGCAGGACCAGAGCGGCGGCGGCGGCGGCAGCAGCAGCAGUGCAGCGAAAUUAG